UAUACUCAGUGACAGUUGACAGAUGACAAAAACGCAGUUUGUGGUUGUGUGGCUGUUGACAAAUUAAGUUUUUCAUAUUUUCUGUAUUUUAUUGUUCUAGUGGUACAAAAUUUAUCAGUAAACUAUGAAUUAAAUGAGAUAUACAUUUUUACGAUGAUUCUUUCAAAAGCGACCGUUUCUUUGCUAUGCAUCCUGUUAUUGUUGUCGAUUUUUAUGGCUAAUUUAAUGAAUAUUAUAGCAACGGAUCAUAACUUUUAUGUCGAAAACAGAAAUGAAGGGGAAAAUUACACAAAAUAUUUAACUAAAAAGUAUGAAAAAAUUACGGAUACGACGCAAAACCUUAUAUGGUUUCUGCAGAUUUCUGAUAUACACAUCAGUAUAUUUAGAGACCCAGGUAGAAUAUCACAGUUCCAACAAUUCUGUGACAACACCGUGAGGAGGAUCAAACCUUUACUGGUGUUGGCCACUGGGGACCUCACAGAUGCUAAGACCAAAGACAAUCUUGGCAGCACUCAGGUGCGAACUGAGUGGGUUUAUUACCACAACAUUAUAAAAGAAUCUGGUGUGACUGAAGACACAGUUUGGUUAGAUAUAAGAGGAAAUCAUGAUAAUUUUAACAUCAAGAACAUAUUUUCCCAAGAAAAUUAUUUCAGGAAUUAUUCUGUACAAGGAUCUAAUCACAUGAGAUCUUAUGUGCAUUAUGAAGACAAGAAUGGUGUUAAUGUAGCAUUUUUAGGAAUUGACGCGUGUCCAGAUCCUGGACUAAAAAGACCUUUUAAUUUUAUUGGCAUACUUGAUAAACAUGAACAACAAUAUAUACAGAAACUAAAAGCUGAAGCAGAAGCUAAAGCUGACCAUAUAGUUUGGUUUGCACACUAUCCAACAUCAUGCAUUUUGACCCUAGAACAUGACUCCCAAAGAUUAAACUUGCGCGAACUUAUUGGCAGCACUCAGGCCUCACAAGUGUAUGUGUGUGGUCAUCUACAUUCCAUGGGUGGCCUGGUUCCCAAGAUGUAUACCAAGCAGAAAAAAGGUUAUCUGGAACUUGAAUUGGGAGAUUGGAAGGAUAAUAGAAUGUUCAGAGUGGCUGCCAUUGACCAUGGAAUAUUUUCAUUUGUGGACCAGAAACACAAUACAUGGCCAGUUGUAUUAGUAACUAAUCCAAAACAUGCUAGAUAUGCCAUGCCUGGUCGAGAACCCUUGGAUUUGAUUACUCAUUCAACAUAUAUAAGAAUAUUGGCUUUCAGUGAUGUAGAUAUUGAAAGUGUGAAGAUUUCUUUUGACAAAAUAAGCUGGAUGAAAUGUAGGCAUACCCAAGGUCCAUUGUAUGUUUGUAAUUGGUUACCAAACCUGUUCAGUAGUGGUAUCCACUAUUUAAAUGUGGUAGUUAUUGAUGAGUUAGGAAAGGAAGCUUAUGUUGAGCACCAAUUUUCUCUAGAUGGAACUGUUGUUGGUUUUGAUAUAGCAGCCAGAAUAUUACUUAUGUUACACGCAGGAGCAGCAUUCCAGAUGAUGUUUGCUACACUGUUGCUCAUAGCAGUGUUGCCAUUAUUCGUAAUGAGAGUUAUGAAGAAACCUCCAAAGUACAGUCGAAGAUUUGCGCGACAUGUUCUCAGAAGCGUGUGGUUAUUGAGCAAAGUCGAUCGAGUGUUCUAUCCAAUUGUGUUAUAUGCUAUUUAUAUUCCAUUUGGGCCGUGGGCAGUUGGGCAGCUGAUAGAUGGCUACACUGGGGCUAUUUUUGCCUGGGGCAUAAUUAUAAAGGGUGCAUUUUUACCAGAGCCUUUCACUUACAUGUAUGGAAGUGUACAGUUAGUGUUUGUACAAAUACCACUUGUAUUUGUGUUGGCUCAUUCUUUGGAAAUAAGAUUAUUUGGCCAUCAUUUGAGAGGCAUAAGGAAAGUUAUAAAGAACCUACCAUUUGUAUUUUUGCUGUCAAUUCAGAUGUUAUUGGCCUACUUUUUCUGGUUGGAGUAUGGCACAAUGUCAUUUAUGUUUGGCCCAUUAAGAACGUGGAGUAUUGGAUUAAGCAUUAUAUUAUGGUACAAAGUAAUGACCCUGCCACCUGACUAUUGCAGGAAAUUGUCAAACUUGAGUGCGAUACCGUCAUAGUAUUACUAUAGAGACUGGAUAUGUGAUAUGCAUUUAGAAGAAGUCACUACAUAAUUAUAUGAAUACGAUCAAUAUUUAUAGGGGUGUAAAUUUUAAUAACGUAAGUCACAUACUUAUGCAUUCGUUGAUGGAAAAUUAUGUGAAAUUAUUUUGUGACUGGAGUAUUCUACGAUUUAUUCUUCUGUGAGCGUGUAUACUAUACCUUUGUAUUGUCCAAAUCGUUGUCUGCGUCUAGUGCUGUCAUGAGCUUAUUAGCUGGUUUUGACCGUCAUGAUACGUACUAUUUUUAAAUUAGUCAUUCAUAGGUGUCGUAAUUUGUGUAUGUCGCCUGUGAUGUAUUUAUUUCCACCAAAGAUUUUUAGUGACUUUCCAAAUUAAGACAAUUUAAUUAUUAAUUUCGUUUAAUUCGAGUAGCACGUUAGGCUAUACUGUUGUAAAGAAUACAUUUGAUUUUACGAUGUAUCUACAUGCAAGACCAAGAUAUAGAAUAUUGAUUUCAAUAAAAAUGUAUUAUUAUAUAUAAAAUUACUAAUUAUUUUAAUGAGCUUAAAAUAAGCUUUAUUUAUGAGUACGGAAUUGGUGCUUAUAAGUAUAAGGCUUUUUAGUAAGCUGACAAUAAAACACAAUUCAUAUUAUAAGAUAAUAUAUUUAUUCCAUAUAAAAAGAAGCAAUUAUCAUUCAUAUCUACAAAAAGCUUAUUUUUGUUACAAAUCUUUUGAAAUUGAAGGCUGUGUUUAUUUAAUUCAGAUAUUUACAUUUUGUACUUAUGGUAGAAGAAUGUAUAUUGAGACUAAAUACAACAAUAGGAAUAUGCCUACCUAUCUCGACCAGCGUUGACUCUUAGUACUAACUAUAGAUAGGUAUGCUUGUUUUAUAUAUUCAGUUUAUAACAAAGUUUUUACAUUUAGGGCGAAAGUUCGUUAAUUUCAAUCAUUACCUUUCGUAUAUAAAAUAUUUUUUUACAUAUGGCAACAUUUUUUUAAUAGGGUUGAUUUCUCGGAUUUUCGCGUCUAGUCAGUUGGCUUGGCGUCUAGUCGCUGGUAUUUAUGGCUGUUGCUUUACCAGCGAGCGUUCCCCGGGAAAUAUAAGAUUACAAAUUCGAUUUCGAUUAUUUAAUUACACCAUAAGUAAUACAUAUAACGAGCCUUAGUCUGUGUAAUUACAGAUUCGAUUUUACUAAUUUGUAAAAAAAAAUUACAGUUUGUAACGUUACAUGUAGGUAUUGCUCGAAUCUGUAACAUACUUUACAGGGGAUUGCUGCGUACAAGUAGCGCAAAGUAACGCUUGGUUUUGUUCCCUGUUCAAAUAAAGUGGUUGGAUGUAGGUUUCAUUGAUUAGAACGCCAUUCUAAAGCUUUGCCUUAGCCUCCCCGUUACAGCUAUCCGCCAAUCACAAUGGCUGACACUGUCAGCCUGACAGUAAACAAUAUGAAAAUUAUUUUUGAGGGUUCCGUAACUCAAAAAGGAACUCCUAUUUCAAAGCAUGUCACGAUUUUAUAGAUUAUGCUUUGUGGUCAAUGUUUAUAACUGUUGUGAUAUGUUUUAAAUUUACUAUUAUUUAUUAGUAUAGAGCAAGCAAUCCUGCACGGAGCAAGCAAUCAUGGAAUGAGGCUGCAAAAGAAAGUACCUAUUCAAAGAAGGUACUCAUGAGUAAGUCUGUACCUAACGGUAGACUACGAGUGCAGUGGAUUCAGUUAGAAAUGUUUACGUAUUAUAUCUAUCGCUUAAUAGUUCUAGUUAUGAAUGACUUGGAUUAGAACAGCGC